UAAAAAUAAUUUUUAAAUGUGAGAAUAACUAAAGAUUUAAAAACAAUUAGAAUCAGAGUGAAGAAAACGUGAAAAAUAAUAUUAAUAACAAAUAUUCGAACAGUGCUUGGAAAACGUUUUAAAAAAACUCAUCAAAAAUAUUGAAAACCAUGUUGGCCCAAGGAGUUCUUCCACCAAACUAAGACCAACCGGCCAAGUCCGAGUUACCAAGGAUAAAGACCUCGCCAAUUGUCGCUUCCAAUCGCACUCCUUGGAGGGAUUCAAAACAACCGAAAUGGAGGACGAACUUCGCUGUCCCACGUGCAAGCAGCUGUACGCCAAUCCCGUGCUCCUGCCCUGCUUCCACGCCCUCUGCCUGGGCUGUGCCCUGGACAUUCAGACACCCUACAGUCCGGGAUCGGGUCUCCCGGUGACCUCCAAUGGGACGGCUGGUGGCGCCUCUACUGCAGGCGGACACAAUGGCCUGCACAACGGAAACGGAGGCGGAUCUGUGGCCGGGGGACCGGCUACUUCCGCCGGUGGCACUUCCGGUGCUCCGCCUGGCACGCGACACAGCUCCCACAGCUCGGCGGCCAGCACGGCCAGCUCCAAUACGGGCAGCGAGAGCGUCACCUCCGACCAGGAUCAGUCCGACAAGGUGAGCAUCUUCAGUGAGGCGGACUCCGGUGUGGUCUGCUGCUCCAACACAUCCCGCCCGGUGUCCUAUGCCGGCACUGGACUCUUGCCCAACGGCAAUGUGGGCAACGUGGUGGCUCCGCCCGGCGCCGCCUACUGUCUCACCUGUCCGCUGUGCCGGAAGCUAGUGUUCUUCGACGACGGGGGAGUGCGGAACCUGCCCACCUACCGGGCCAUGGAGGCCAUUGUGGAUCGAUUCUGUGCCCGCGAGGCCCUGCGCUGCCAGAUGUGCGAGACGGACCCCAAGGUCGCCUCCCUGAUCUGCGAGCAGUGCGAGAUUCGCUACUGCGACGCCUGCCGGGAGCUCUGCCAUCCCGCCCGCGGGCCGCUGGCCAAGCACACGCUGGUGAAGCCGCGAGGAGCUGCCCAGCAGCGGGAGUCCGUCUGCGGGGAGCACGAGGAGACGCUGUCGCAGUACUGCCUCAGCUGCAAGGCACCCGCCUGCGGCCUGUGCAUCGGGGAGCAGCGUCACCAGGCCCACGACGUCCAGUCUAUCAAUGUCACCUGCAAGGCUCAAAAGACGGAGCUCUCGCACAAUCUGCAACAAUUGUCGGAGAAGGCACGUUCCACGACCGAAUUCAUCCAGCGCCUCAAAGGCAUGAGCGACAAAGUAACGGAAUCCUGCAUGGAGUUCGAGCGACUGGUGCACGCCCAGUGCGAGGCCCUAAUCCAGGCCAUUCACGACAGACGCGAGUAUCUGCUGGAGGCGAUUCGCAAUGACAAGGACACCAAGAUCAGGAUACUCAAGGACCAGCAGUCGAACUGCACUGGCAAGUUGCAGCAAACCACGGGACUUAUACAGUUUUGCAUUGAAGCUCUCAAAGAGACUGACAGCGCCGCCUUUCUUCAGGUGGGCUCCAUGCUUAUCAAUCGAGUGGCCAAUACAGACAUGACCUGGCAUCAGGAGGUCACCAAUGCGGCCCCUCGGGUCUCGCCCAUCGUUGACCUGACCCUGGAUGAUGCGGCCUUGGCCCGAGCCAUAGAUAACUUGAACUUUAUACAGAUGAAAGCCGUCAAAGAUGGAGAUGAAAGAUGUCCGGCAGCUCCCAUGACUCCAACCAUACUGCCAUCGGAUUGUUCAGCGGAAAAUAAUUCCGUGACUGUGGCGUGGCAGCCACCGAAUCAUUCCUUUGUAGAGGGUUAUGUCCUGGAAUUGGAUGAUGGCAGCGGUGGAGAAUUCAGGGAAGUCUACUGCGGCAAGGAAACAAUUUGCACCGUGGACGGGCUGCACUUCAACUCGAUGUACAAUGCCCGGGUGAAGGCCUUCAAUUCCGCCGGAGAAGGUGAAUACUCGGAGCUGAUUGGACUGCAGACUGCCGAAGUGGCCUGGUUCACGUUUGAUCCGGUUCUGAGCGGCGGCGCCGGAUCGGGCUUAAUCUUUAGCAAAAACAAUGCCACCGUUAGCGUCGAGGGCUGGGAGCACCGUGUGGCCCUCGGCUCCGUUGGUUUCUCCCGCGGCGUCCACUACUGGGAGUUCACCAUCGACAACUACACGGCGGACACGGAUCCGGCCUUCGGAGUGGCACGUAUCGACGUGGCCCGCAACAAAAUGCUGGGCAAGGACGAGAAAUCAUUUGCCAUGUACAUCGACCGACAGCGCUCCUGGUUCCAGCACAACUCCGUGCAUGAGAGGCGGGUUGAGGGCGGCAUUACCACGGGAAGCACCAUCGGAGUACUCCUCGAUCUAGAGCGGCACACACUGAGCUUCCUGGUCAACGAAAUGCCACAGGGAUCUGUGGCCUUCCGGGAUCUCUACGGGGUUUCUAUCCGGCUGUGAGUAUCAACCGAGGCGUCACCCUGACCAUGCACACGGCCUUGGAUGCGCCCAAGAUGGACUACUUCUAGGGCAGGUCGGAUGGGAUCCGAAAUAGCAAAUUGUGUACAUAAUGAUGGAGGGAAAGAGAGCUUGAGCUUGGCAUUUGACGACAGUUAUCGGUGUCUAUAUAGAGCAUUACCUUAAUACGAACCAACAGUUUACUCAAACAGCUUAUAUACUAUAUGUGUGUACGUGUAGUUUCGGGCAAGGUUCAGCGACAUAUCUCCACUUAAUCGUAUCUCUACUCGUAGUUCUAUAGGUUCACUGUUUGAAAAACGCUGCGCCAAAAGGGAAAUAAAAUAAUUGAAAGCAUUUAUCGUUAACUCUACGUGUAAAAUAUAAUAAAGAAGCUCUGAAUGUUUUGCCACACACAGAAUAAAGCCAAAAAUCAAGCACCGUGCAAACACAAAAUUUAAACCUAAAUCGUAAACACCAAAAACGAAUCAAAUUUAAACGCAAGCGAAUGAAAAUCUGAGGUAAAAAUCCAAUUAGCAAUUAGUGUAGCUAAAAAUCAGCAUCUGUAUGUCAUAAAUAUAUAUAAACGCAUUUCUUUGAGGCUAAAAUAGAAUCAAAAUCAGCGUGUUUUUUAUGGGUAGAAGUUUUUUAUUUUAAAGACUGAGAGCAAGUAUUCAUUUUAAGUACGUCAAGAAAAAAACACGUUACAAAUUAAGGCCUCAAAUUAAUCACUUACAAAUUGAAGUAAACUCUUGCAAAAUUAAAUAUUUAAGAGCUCUGCAAAAAUUGCAUUAAACGAAAACCAAUUUAAAGCCAACUGUUUCGCUUAUAAAAUCAAAUAUGCAUCUGAAUAUUAAUGUUUAAUGUACAAUUAAGUUCCCUGUAAAUAUUGAUGUAUUUUUAAUACCUUAAAAAACCAUCGGCUAUUCUAGUUUUUUUCCUAUUUAAGGUGUAAUGCAUAAAAUUAAAUUCCACUGUACGUACGGACUAUUUAUACUUUUCAACUUAAGCCUAUCUACAGCGUAAAAAAACAACAAUUAAACUUAAUUACCAG